UCUGCCUCGACUCUCGAUCGCCAUCACAUUAUUCACAUUCACAGAGUAAUUUUGAGGUUAUGUUGAAGUUUUUCUUCAAAAAUAGAGUUGUAAAUAUUUUUAUUUUAUUUUAAUGUGAAAACUCUUGCUAAGGCUUAGACAAGUUAUGCUUGUGUGAUAAAAUAAGCUGAAAUAUAUUACUACUUAAUUACAGAAGUCCACUAAUUGAAGAAUCAUCAAAUAUGGCUUUGAAAAUUUGUUUAAACUCGAUCAAAAACUGCACCUCAAAGCUGGUGACGAGGAAAUCACUUGUUCAAAAUAACCCGAUUCAUCAUAAACUUCUUGUGAAUCCGGCUACUAACCUGACUGGCACAUCUAUUAGACAAGUUUUCACUGACAGGUGGGAUCCUCCUUAUCUGGAAACUAUGAAAUCGAAAAUUCCACUCCACGAUGUGCUGAACAUUCAGAUAAAAGGAUAUGAUUUUGCACUGGUUGAAAGCUAUCAGAGUCUGAUUCACAGUAUUGCUAACACCAUGGGAUUGGAUGUAGAGGAUUGUUGGGCCACACCAGCCACUCAAGCAAAGAUCUUGAGAUACAAACCUAGGAGUGCGCUGCCUGAAGCUGAGUACCACCUAUCACUUUAUGAGCGCAAUGUACAGAUAGUCGAUGUGCCGUCGACUACAUUUGCACUGUACCUGGAAAUAAUGGAGGCGGCUCUCCCUCAAGGUGUGACCUUGACAGUUGUCCCCCACACAGAUGAUCACGACGAAGUGAGGUAUGUGCCAGACUACGAACUUGACGAACUAAAAACUCAGCUCAACGUGCUCAUUGAGUCCAGAAAGAAGUAGAUCGUAUGUCGUCGUCGUAACUUGUCAUCGUUUGUCACAGGUUGACAGGUUUGUCUGUUGCUUUUCUAGAGUAUGUAAGUUGGUGUUUAUAAAACAUGUUGUUUAUAAGUGA